CAAAACAUUUAUAAACCUUACUUCUACUUAUAUUCAAAAUAUGGUGAAAAUAGAUUAUCUAGUAUGAAUGAAAAGAAUUAUAUAUGGAAAAUUGUUCCAAGAAAGAAAUUUACUUCUUAUUGUAGGAUAUCAAAUUUGUGGAGGAUCACAGCAUCAGGAAAACUAUUAAUAGAAGCAAUGUUGAGCAAAAGGGACAAUGAAUUCGCAAUAUUGAUUGAAAACCAAUGAUCUGAUAACAGCACAAGUCUAUAGUAUUAAAAUAAAAUGUCUUCAACAAGUAAAUUAGAUACAGUCUAUAGAAGAAUAUUACUAACAAAAUUUUUUACAAAAGGAUGGGGAAAAACAGAAAAUUUUAAAAGGUUAUUUGCAUUUCGAAAAAUAAUUUCAAAUAGAGAAACAUGUCAAAAACUUGUAAGACAUGAUUAUCCAAUAAAGAUUGAUAAAGUAGAAAAUUAUUCUCACUACAAAAUUUUGGAAGGUCAUUUUCUUAGUCCAUUUGUUCAAUAUAUUCCAGAAGUUGUACCAAAAGAAGUUGAGACAGCAAGGUUUCAAAUGCUGUUACCCACAAAAUGGCCACAAAAUCAUCUAAAACCUGUUUGUCUACAUUUGGCAGGAACUGGUGAUCAUUUUUUUUGGAGGAGGAGGAUACUCAUGGCCAAACCUCUGCUGAAACACGGAAUUGCUUCCAUCCUUUUGGAGAAUCCAUUUUAUGGUUUAAGAAAACCAAAUAAUCAAAUACGUUCUAGUCUUCAUAAUGUUUCUGAUAUCUUUGUUAUGGGAGGUUGUCUUGUUUUGGAAUCACUUGCAUUAUUUCAUUGGUGUGAAGCACAAGGUUUUGGCCCAUUAGCCAUCACAGGAAUAUCCAUGGGUGGUCAUAUGGCUUCACUUGCUGGAAGUAAUUGGCAUAAGCCACUUGCAAUUAUACCCUGUCUUUCUUGGACAACUGCUUCUUGUGUUUUCACUCAGGGUGUAAUGAGUGGUGCAAUUCCUUGGAGUUUAUUACAGAGUCAGUAUUUUUCUGAUCAAGUUUAUAAAGAUGAAAUUUGGAAUUUGAUUCAUUCUCCAGAAGAGAAUGAUGCCUUCAUUGCCGGAUGUCAUUUUGCUCGAAACUAUCCCGAAAGUAUGGAACAAGUGAAGAAGUUGCAAGCUGAACAAAAUGGGCCUGUCAUUCAAACAUAUAAAGAAAAAAAUGUUUCUCAAUUAGGAAGUCUUCCUACAGUAACUGAUGAAAAAUGGAAUAAUGACAAACCUCUUCUUUCUCCUUUCAAGUCUUCACAAAAAUCUUAUUUAUCGUCUUCGUAUAGUACAAGUUUUAGAGAUGAAACAGAACAUAAAGUAACAGAAAACAUUGAUCAGAAUUCAGCAGUAAAAAGUAACAAACUUAAAGCAGCAUUGCCAUUUUUAUUUUCCGAGACAUUAAAAGAAACUUUAUGUCUAAAUAAGAAAAUUUCUGACUCUAGUGAUAUUUUAAAGCAGGAGACACUAAAUUUUAUGAGAGGUAUAAUGGAUGAAUGCACGCAUCUUGGUAACUUUUCCAUUCCAGUAGAUCCUACUCUUACGAUUGUUGUGACUGCACAGAGGGACGGUUAUGUUUUGCGUCAAGGCAUCAAGUCACUGUCAGAUUUGUGGUCUGGUUGUGAAGUUAGGUAUUUAGAUUGUGGCCAUAUUGAAGCCUUUCUUUUCAAUCAAGGUGUUUUCAGGAAAGCAAUAAUAGAUGCAUUGGAAAGAACAGCUGAAAAAUACUUUAAUUCUGCAGUUUGAGAGAUUCAAACAUUUUUAGUCUUUUGCAGUGUUUUAUAAAAUGCAUACAUUUUUAAAUUUACUGGCAUAUUCUAGUAGUAUUUGAAAUGCAAUUGAUAAUGAAUUAAUUUUUUAUAUGCAAAUUUAAUAAAUUACCAAAUUCUGUAUCAUAAUACAAUGAUAAAUGAAAAUAUCAUCAUCGAGUAGCUUAGAGAAGUACAAUUAAAUUUUGCAGUUAUUCCAAAUAAUUUGAAAAUGGUCAAUUUAUGUCAUACAUAUAUGUUGUUUGUAUAUUUCUAUAAAUGUAUUUUAUAUUUUAUUUACAAUAUUGCUUAUUUAUGAAUGGAAAUGAAUAAUAGAUUUUGUAAUUUUCCAUUGUGAAAAUUUUUUUAUUCUUUUUAUAAUGUUGGAUUAGAAAUUUAUAUUAAAUUUGAUAAUUAAUUGGAGUCAAUUAAAGUAAUGUUUUUCUUUGCCAAGUA